AUGGAUGCGUCGAAACAGCUGCUCGGGUUCAAGGGCGCGGCGGAGACGGACGACGUGUGGAAGAUUCGCGUGCAGCUGACCAAGCCGGGGACGUGGGUGCCGCUGAUUUGGGGCGUCAUGUGCGGGGCGGCGGCGAGCGGGCACUACGAGUGGAACCUGGAUAACGUCGGGAAGGCGCUGCUGUGCAUGACGAUGAGCGGGCCGUUUUUGACGGGGUACACGCAGACGAUCAACGAUUGGUACGAUAGAGAGAUCGAUGCGAUCAAUGAGCCGUACAGGCCGAUCCCGAGCGGGUUGAUUUCGGAGAAUGAAGUCAAGGCGCAGAUUGCGGUGCUGUUGGUCGGUGGAUGGUUGUGCGCGCUGCAACUCGACCGAUGGUGCGAACACGAUUUUCCAAUCGUGUUGGCGCUGUCGCUCUUCGGGUCGUACAUAUCGUACAUUUACAGCGCGCCGCCGCUGAAGCUCAAGGCUGAGGGCUGGAAGGGGUGUUACGCUCUUGGCUCGUCGUACAUCGCACUGCCGUGGUGGGCGGGUAUGGCGACUUUCGGGCAAUUGACGCCGGACGUCAUGUUUUUAACCGUCCUCUACUCGAUCGCCGGUUUGGGCAUCGCCAUCGUGAACGAUUUCAAGUCCAUCGAAGGUGACCGAGAGCUCGGCUUGCAAUCGCUCCCCGUGGCGUUCGGCAUCGAGAAGGCGAAGUGGAUCACGGUGUCUACGAUCGACAUCACGCAGCUCUUCGUCGCGUGCUACCUGCGCGCCAUCGGCGAAGAGACGUACUCAAACGUCUUGUUUUGCUUGAUCUUCCCACAAAUCUUCUUCCAGUUCAAGUUCUUCUUGCCGGAUCCCAUCAAGAACGACGUCAAGUAUCAAGCAAGCGCGCAGCCGUUCUUGGUGUUUGGUCUGCUCACGACGGGCUUAGCGUGGGGUCAUCACAUCAACGCGCUCGGCAUGUAA